AGAGAGAGACACAGAGGAAGAGAGAGAGAGAGCGAUAGGGGAGGUAGCCAGCUAGAAAGUGUGAGAGAGGAAGGAAGGUGUGUUUCAGUUGAGUUUCUGUGCGCGCUGGUGCAUACUCUCGGUCCUGCGCUGCAGAGUGGAAGCAGUGUUCGUCACUGAGUUCUGUCCCCCAGGCCUGCCUCAGUGCCAUGCCCCAGCAGUGAUGGACUCCCAGAACCGGGCUGUGCUGGACAUCUCCACCCGAAACCCUCAGGAGGACUACGAGAUCCUGAUCCGGGUCGGCGGUGGCACCUAUGGGGAGGUUUACAAGGCACGGAAUAAACAGAGCGGAGACCUGGCUGCCAUCAAAAUCAUUAAAAUGGAACCAGAGGACGAUUUCUCGGUGAUCCAGCAGGAGAUUGUGAUGGUGAAGACCUGCAAGCACUCCAACAUUGUGGCCUACCACGGAAGCUACAUCCGGGCUAACAAGCUGUGGAUCUGCAUGGAGUAUUGUGGCGGAGGAUCGCUGCAGGACAUCUACCAUGUAACGGGAUCCCUCGCAGAGACACAGAUUGCCUAUGUGUGCAGGGAGAUGCUGAAGGGCCUGGAGUAUCUGCACAAUCAGAGGAAGAUUCACAGGGACAUCAAGGGGGCCAAUAUUCUUCUGAAUGACAAUGGAGAGGUCAAGCUGGCUGAUUUUGGGAUUUCGGCACAGAUCACGGCCACAUUCGCACGACGCAUGUCCUUCAUUGGGACGCCUUACUGGAUGGCGCCAGAGGUGGCUGCAGUGGAGAUUAAAGGCGGGUACAAUGAGCUGUGUGACGUGUGGUCAGUGGGGAUCACUGCCAUCGAGCUGGCUGAGCUACAGCCGCCCAUGUUCGACGUUCACCCACUACGGGUGCUGUUCCUCAUGUCCAAGAGUGGCUACCAGCCUCCAAAGCUGAAGGACAAAGCCAAGUGGUCCUCCUCCUUCCACAACUUCAUAAAGAUGACGCUCAUCAGGAACCCCAAAAAGCGGCCAGGUGCCACUAAAAUGCUAUGUCACAUGUUUGUGACGCAGGCCGGUCUGAACCAGUCCCUGACACUCGACCUCCUGGAGAAGCUCCGGCACCCAGAGAAGCUAAAGCACUGCAUGCAGGCUGAGGAGGAGGAGAUGGAGGUGACAACACCCAGUUCCCUCAGAAGGAUUCACUCGACAAACCGACACAACCAGGCAGAGAGAACAAACUCUGAUAUCAACUCCAAGCAGAUCUAUACCAGGAGACCCGUGCGCCAGGAGAACGAAUCGCCAGAGGGGACGUUGCAGCCGUCAGUACAGUGGGCAGUGGGCUCUGGAGGCAGAAAUUCCUCAGAUCACAAGAGCCUAAACAGACGUGAGAGCAUAGACUCAGAUGAUGACUAUGAUGACGUGGACAUCCCCAGUAACUACAACACCAGCAAGCCAAUGCCAGCUGAUAUAGUCCCACCCCCUCUUCCUCCAAAACCCAAGAUGCACAGCACGAGCUCGGAGGAGAUAGCGCCGGGGGAAGAGGACCGGGGCCGGACCGCCGGCUCCCUCUACGCCCCCUCCCCCCUGCUGCGGUGCUCCAGCGGCAGUGGCGGCCGACCCGUCCCGCGACCGCGCUCGGUCCGCAACGUCAACUCCGACCCCACUGCCUUCACGGAUCACAGGUUAGACAGCCCGCCCGACCUGCCUCCCAAAGAGAGGAGACGACAACCCCCCCAGCCGGCUCGUGUCGAAUGUCCCAGUCCAGUGUUGCGGAAACCUCCAGUAUUCUUCAAGAAAGUCUUCCAUGGCUGCCCUUUAAAACUGAACUGCUCGACCAUUUGGGACCACCCCACGACCAAAGAUCACCACCUCAUCUUCGGAGCAGACGAGGGUAUUUUCACUCUGAAUUUGAGCGGACCAGAAGCCACGAUGGAGCUGCUGUAUCCAGGAAAGUGCAGUUGGGUCUACACCAUUAAUAAUGUCCUUAUGUCAAUAUCAGGUAAGGCUUCCCAGCUGCACUCCCACUCCCUAAAGGAGCUGUAUGAACAGGCGCGCAAGGAGCACCGCAUGGUGCAGCUGCCAACUCACAGACUUCUGCCCAGGAAGUACACCGUGUCCAGCAAAAUACCAGAUACCAAGGGCUGCAAGACCUGCUCAGUAGCUCAGAACUCCCAGAUGGGAUGUGUGUACCUGUGUGGGGCGCUGGAGUCCAGUGUGGUGCUCCUGCAGUGGUACGAGCCCAUGCACAAGUUCAUGCUCAUCAAGCACUUUGAUUUCCCCUUGCCGAGUCCCCUGCGUGUGUUUGAGAUGCUGGUGGUGCCAGGGGAGGAUUAUCCCCUGGUCUGCAUUGGGGUGGCCAGGGGCCCCACUGCUGCCCAGCCCGUUCAGCUGGACAACAUCAACCUCAACUCCAACACCUCCUGGUUCUACAGCACGGACCAAGGAAACACAGCUCCUGGUGCAGUGCAUGUGAACCAGCUUGACAGCAGCACACUCCUGGUGCUGAUUGAGAAGUCUGUGCACAUUGUGAGCCUGGAGGGGGCGCCAAGGAGCCAGAGGAAAAUGCAGUCUGAGACAAACUUCUCCUUUGCUGUGGAGGCAGCAGUGUUCUUCGAGGACACGCUGCUGGCCGUCUGGAGGCACGGCUGGCAGCGCAGGGGGGAGAGCUUCUCUGACAUCCUGCAGGAGGUCACAGACCACAGGAAGGCCUUCCGCCUGGUGGGCUCAGACAGGAUGGUUGUCAUGGAAACACGACAGUGCGAGGACCAGUCGGGACUUAGCAACUUGUACAUCCUGGAGAUCGCGGAGAACCUGGCCCCCGCACCCUGAGCCCGGACGUGCUGGCAGACCAGCGGGAAGGGCCGCUGCUUGGCCACAUAGCCACACUCCUUUCCCAAAGACACUGACCAUCCCUGUUGCCUCAUGAUUAGCAGUCACCCGACUGGAAAAGCUUGAGCUCUUAUUUGGCCAGCAGUGGACAGUGCCUGUGGUUUCUGAGCAGUGCACCAUGUUGGAACUGUGCUUUAACUCAAUCUACGUCAGCUGAUAGAAUGUAGUAGUUGCACAAACCACAUGGGCGCAACCCGGACAAAUACACACCCCUCCUUUCCUUAUACAAAAAGAUGUGUCAAGCCUACAAGCAGGCAUAUACUGACCCACAGUCUCAACACACACACACACACACACACACACACACACACACACACACACACACACACCUAGUUAUCCAGUGUGCAGCUAAGCAGUGGGUUGCCAGAGAGCCUCCACUCCAUUGAGGAUGUCCUGCAACCCUCAGACAAAUGCAUGUAUUCAUAACCAUCAGUCAAUAAAGACUCUUUCAUUACAUGGCCUACUCCACUGUUCAGCACACAGGCCUACACUGAAGCAUGUGUUCGCCUUAAUCAGUUACAAGUGGACGGGUCAGAGCUUCUGUGAUUGAACAGUUGUGUCUGCGGUCAUCUAAAUGUAAUGGCAGUCGAAUGUGAACAUCUUUUUAAAGUGGCUUAUUUAUUAAAAAGUGACAAAAAUGUCUCUUUCCUUUACACUCA